CAACGUUCCCCAUGUCCGAUUCUUAAUGCAAUGAAUGAAUGACUCGAAAAUAUAUCAGCAAGUGUCGUUGAAGGAACGGUCAGUGCGCGCAGUUUGUUUACCAAACGCACUGGCGCAAGCUUCCCAACCUGCAGGAUACAGCGCAGCCAUAAUUUGACAGCUCGACCAUGUCUGCCUCGGCCGCCAGAGAUCCUGUUGUGAAAACGAAGCAUGUUCGUUUCGCAAGAAUGAAGGAGGAUGAUAAUAACGAUGACCAAGAGGAACAUACUCUGUUUGACAAGAGGAAAGACACAAGGCGAGGGGUGAAGAGUGUAAUGAAAGGGAGGAAGGAGAGUUCGAAUUCGGGGUCCGAUGGUGAGGUUGAAAUCAUCGGUGGAGUUAUCAGCGCCAGCGGUUCUGGAGGCUGCAGCGGCUGGAUCAUCACCAUGGCGCUCUGUGCAUCGUUCCUCGGACUGGGGAUGAGUAUCUCUGUCUUAGGCCCCACCUUUCAAGACCUUGCCAUCAAUGUCAAUCAGGACAUCAGCAACAUCUCCUACAUCUUCGUAGGCCGCUCGAUGGGCUAUAUAGGCGGCUCUGUGUUGUCCGGGAUUCUCUUUGACUGCAUGAACAGCCUUCUUCUGCUGGGCCUUUCCAUGUUGAUCACAGCGUUUGGGAUGUUUGCAAUCCCUUUCUGUAAGACAGCCCUUCUCCUCACUGCUCUGAUGUCCAGUAUUGGAGUUUCUAUGGGCUUUCUAGAUACAGGUGGUAAUGUCCUGAUCCUGCAGACGUGGGGAGAUCAGGCUGGCUCUCACCUGCAGGCCUUGCACUUCAGCUUCGCCGCAGGGGCCUUCGUCUCGCCCAUCAUCGCCAAGCUGCUCUUUGGAACAGACUUGGAGCUGAAUGUGGCUACGAACGGCAGCAUGGCAGCCCCGCCGGUAACAUUGAACUCCCCACCUGUCACAGACGAUGUGUUCCAAACACAGUCCCCUUAUGUACCCAAACGCUAUGUCCUCAGUAGCAGCACCCUCAAGUCCAUGUGGGCCUACAUUGUGAUCAGUGGUUUCAUCCUGUUAAUCUCCCUCCUCUUCUUCAUCCUCUAUGCCCGCCACAGGCCCCCUCAGGGCAGGGCACAGACCCCCUCAGGGAAGCACCUGGUGUCAAAGCAUCACAACGCACUCAUCGCCAUGCUCUUUGUCUUCUUCUUCUGGUACGUGGGGGCCGAGGUGGCGUACGGCUCCUUUAUCUUCACCUAUGCUAAGGAUUAUAUCCAUAUGGAGGAGGCCCAGGCAGCAGGGCUCAACUCCCUGUUCUGGGGGACGUUCGCUGCCGGCCGGGGCCUGGCCAUCUUCUUUGUGUCCUGCAUGCAUCCAGGCACCAUGAUCCUACUAAGCCUGGUGGGCUGCACCCUGUCCUCCCUGUUCCUCACCCUCUUCAGCACUAACAGGGUGGCCCUGUGGAUCUGCACUGGUGUCUAUGGUGCCUCCAUGUCAACCACUUUCCCCAGUGGGAUCUCCUGGGUGGAGCAGUACACCACAGUGACGGGGAGCUCAGCGGCGGUUUUCGUGGUGGGGGCAGCCCUGGGGGAGAUGGUCCUGCCCGCUCUGAUGGGCUUCCUGCUGGGGAGGAUCCAUGGUCACCCCCUGUUGAUGUACCUGACCCUGGGCACCGCCACAAUGACCUCCAUCAUCUUCCCCUUCAUGUUCUGGCUGGCCUCGUCCCCCAGCGGCCCCAGCAGGACACCCCGCAUCAGGGGCCGCAAGGAACCCGACGACAGUGAGUACCGCCAAGGCCUGCUGGACUCAGGAGCAAAUGAUGAGGAAGAGGAGCAGCAGGAGGAUGACGAGGCAGACCAGUGGAAUGACGCUGACUUUGAGGUAAUCGAGAUGGAUGACGCCAGCCUUAUAAACUCUCCGAAUAAAGCAUUGUUAUCUCCUAAUAAAGCGCUCUCUUUAUCUCCUAAUAAAGCGCUCUCUUUAUCUCCUAAUAAAGCGUUGUCACCUCCUAACAAAGGGCUCCCACCACCUGAUGUUACGGGGACAUCAGGCGAUAUCAGUGCCACAUUUGUCCCUUCUACUGCCCAGUCCCUAGAGCCCACAGUUGGGACCUCUUUUUCAGACUCUCCCGCUCUGCUGGGGGACUCACCAGGACAGAAAAUGCUGCUUUCCCUGGACCGGGAAAAGAGGGACUAGGGGCUUUAUUCAAACCAUAUCGUGGAAAUUCAGCGUGAUUGAAAUUUAAAGGCAGUGUUCCCGCAUUAGCAGAGAAUACUACAUUCACGGUAAACGCUGCAUAAAUCAGCUCAAUCCAAAAGUACUUUGACAUUUCAAGUGCGCAAUCGGUAACGCUUCAGCGAUACACAUUGAAGAGCCCUAAACCUGGGAUUCAAUCCAAUUGCGUUUUGUCCGCAAUGGUCCUUUUAAAGGCAUUGUUCCCUCGUUCGCGGAGACCGCAUUCACAGUAAAUGCUGCAUAUGUCAGCUAAAUCAGAAAUUAACUUUUUAGUGUCAGUCACGAAGUGCAAUCGGAAUGAAUCACACCUAGGAGUUCUAGUCUGGGUGUGAAAUGCACCAUGAGUGCUGUAAAGACAUUACAAUAAGUACUUCAUAUAUUAGUAUUCUACAAGAGCCAUGUCUCCUUCUCUCGAGAAACUUGUUUGUUAAUGUCUGGUUGUUUGUCAUGUGCUUCUUUAGCUUGUUAACACUCACAUGUAAGGGCUCUAUUUAAUCUGGAUCGCUGAAGCGUUACAGAUUACGCAAUAGAAAUGCCAAGGUAAUUUCCGUUGGUCCCGACAUAUGCAGCGUUUACCGUGAAUGCAGCCUUCGCUAACGCGGGAACAUUGCCUUUAAAUUUCAAUCAUGACAUUAACGCUGAACUUCCUGCGAUACGGAUUGAAUAGAGCCCAAAAUGUUUAAUACGACGGAUUUACCCCACAGUUUAUGUCUACUAUGUUAUUUGAGGCUGUGUUUAGGGGGAAAGUUAGGCCUCUUACAACGGUUGCUGGUUUUAAGAAUCACCAACGUAACACUGAAAAUAGGUUCCUUUAGAUAUCUUGGAUGUAAUUUUCUUUGUCAUUCAUAUUUAGUAAUAUGUGAAUUCUCAGCAGUUAAAGAUAGGAUGUCAGCCACCAAUGUGGCCUGACUAUGAAUUAUGUUUUUGUCAGACCUUUGAAUGAAGUUUGUUUUCUGCAACAAAAAAAUAUAUUUUAGAAAAUCAUUUAGAAGUGUUGUGCAGUGAUCAGUUGUAGUUUUUCAUUCAGAUGUGUGAUCUUUGUGCUAAUAACUUGAUCAAUCUCUGAAUUGUUCUAUUAAAACAAUGGAAAUCACAACCAUGACAAAAUACUAAUAUAUGGAGUUUUAUUAAACCAAUCGUCAACCUGCAGCCACAGCAAUGUCCAUUAAAAACGGAAAAAAACCCAAACAUUUCCUUCAUAUUUUAUUUUUUACAUUUAUAAAAAUCCAGAUCCUGUGUAUAGUUUUGGGAAACAAUAGAAUCCAUCUGACAUGGUUAGAUGAAAUAUGCUGUUAACAUGGAGAAAGCAUUAAAAAAAAGAAGCUUAAGGAAAUAAUAUACUCUUGCCAUAAAUUAUCAAAACACAGUAUUGCAACAGUCCCAGAAGUAAAAACUGAAAUUAAUAGUCCCCAUCCUCUUGAUAGGCAUCAGUGUCUCGGAGUAUAAGGAUAAUGCUUUGCCAAACUGGACAUAAAUACAAAUCGAGGCGGGGAAAACAACGUAUUACCAUGGCACACAAACAGAAUGGAUCAAAAAUAGCUAGUUGAUUUGUCCACUGUGAGCUUUCCUUUUUUAAUGCUGAUGCACAGAGAGAAUUCAGAUGGGCACUGUACAAUAACUAUUUAUAAAAUGGUAUUUGAUAUAAAAAGGGAAAUGAAGUUAGUGGUUUCUUUAGUCAAUCUUCGCAUCGUCGGGAGCUCCUUAGGAAUAGUGUUCAGUCUUGCGAGUUCAGAAUAAAACGGUAAGGUCCUCUUCGAUCAGAGUCAAUGCCAUCGUUAUGGUACAGACGAGACCAUCUGAAGAAAAACAUCAGCUUCACGCACAACCAACCAAUAGCAGCUAAUGAGAACAAAUCAAAGCACCAUUUAAAGGAAAAGACAAGGAAACACUGAGCUGGAUGAGACAGCAUUGGUUUAGCACCAGAAUAGCAGAGCAGUGGGCCAGAACGUGUUCAGAAUCAGAACUGCUCCAGGAGCUGUCGGAGGUAGGGCACCUUGGAGAGCUGUCUGUUGACCCGGGACAGCUUGUAGAGCACAGGACAGUCCAGAGACACACACAGAACCUGCCGCUCCACACUGCCACUACAGUUCCUACAGAUCUGGACCAAUGGAAAACAGGAGGCUGGUUAAUGGAGUUUAACACUAAUGAAUCAUUAAAGCUCGUUCUAUCUACAGAUUUACACCAACCAGUGACCUAUUCCUGUAAUAUUACAUCACAGUGUUAAAAAUACAAUUCUAAGUUUGGCUCUCUCGCUCUAUCUUUUUAGAAAAACUCAAAUGAGCUUUAACAUAUCUGCAGCCUGUGGUAGCUUCCCAGUGAUGUCCUGCCCCCCGACUGCUAACCUGUAGCAGCUGAUCUUGCUGGCUCUCCCACAGCCGCAUGUCCUGGUGGAGAGUGAUGGCCACGCGUUGGGGCUCGCCCCGGCAGCUGGUACACACCCCUAGCUGGGUAAGCUCGUCACACACAGGACAGUGCAGCGUGGUGAAGUACUGGGAGAUGGUCCCCUUCCUCUCAGCCACGGUGGAGCACGAUGCCUUCUGGACCUGAACAGAGAGGACAUGUUUCGAGCCAUGGGCUGGACUAUAAUAGAAAAGUGGUCAUCAUCAAGACUGUCAUUCACUAUUUGACAGGGCAGACACUGUUUUAUCCUCUAAGAGCUAUGUCCCUUUGUGCUUUAGUCUGAAGCAGGCUACCAAGACAACAGCAUGAAAUCAGCAUGUCCUAUACACAAUUCACCACUAGAUGGCAGCGUUGGCAUCUCAAAAAGGCAGUGCCUCUAAAUGACUUGGGCAUUGGAUGAGUCUCAUUCGAUUUCCGACAUGUCUUUUGUUGUCCGUCUGAACAAAGCUUUCAAAAUCAUUAUGUCUGUGUGUGUCAACAAACAUCAAUCGUUUAAUCAGUCCAUCAUUUUAAUGAAUCCCAGUAACUAACUUUUAGAGCAGAUGGCCCACCCCUUCACCUGCACCACUCUUUUAUAGCCUCACCCUGGGGAUCUCCUGGUACCAGCUGAGCACGUCCACGCCGAUGAGCUGGAAGAUGCGCUGCAGCGGGGGCAGGAUCUGCUUGGUGAUGUAGUAGGUGGUGUUGAGGCGCACACUCGGGUCCUGCAGCACCUCCAGGGG